GAGGACGCGGCGCCUCCCUCCCGGCAUGGCGGCUCCGGCCAAGCGCGCGCGGACCGGCGGCGGGCCGCCCCUCCCCGCGCCCUGCGGGGUCCCGAGAGUCGCCGGCGCGCCCCUGACGCUCCCGGAUCCCGGGCGGGGCCACGCCACUUGCUUCUCCCCGCUGGCGGCGGGGCCCAGCGGUGGCGAGCCCGACGGCGACGCGGUGGCCGGCUUCCUGCGCUGGUGCGCGCGAGUCGGGCUGGAGCUGAGUCCCAAGGUGGCGGUGAGCCGGCAGGGCACGGUGGCCGGCUAUGGCAUGGUGGCGCGGGAGAGCGUGCGGCCGGGGGAGCUGCUGUUCGCAGUGCCGCGCUCGGCGCUUCUGUCCCCCGCCACCUGCUCCAUCGGCGGCCUGCUGGAGCGAGAGCGAGGCGCGCUGCAGAGCCUGUCGGGGUGGGUGCCGCUGCUGCUGGCGCUGCUCCACGAGUUGCAGGCCCCAGCCUCACCCUGGAGCCCCUACUUCGCGCUCUGGCCAGAGCUGGGGUGUUUGGAGCAUCCCAUGUUUUGGCCAGAGGACGAGCGGCUGCGCCUCCUCAAGGGUACAGGUGUCCCGGAGGCAGUGGAGAAGGAUUUGGUGAACAUCCGCAGCGAAUACUAUUCCAUCGUCCUGCCCUUCAUGGAGGCUCACUCCGAUCUCUUCAGCCCCACUGUUCGCUCUCUGGAACUCUAUCGCCAGCUCGUGGCCAUUGUAAUGGCUUAUAGCUUUCAAGAACCACUGGAGGAAGAGGAUGAUGAAAAGGAGCCGAAUUCCCCCUUGAUGGUGCCUGCUGCAGACAUACUAAACCACACAGCCAACCACAAUGCCAAUCUGGAGUACUCUGCAGAUUAUCUCCGGAUGGUAGCUAUUCAGCCCAUUCCUAAAGGUCAUGAGAUUUUCAACACCUAUGGGCAGAUGGCUAAUUGGCAGCUGAUUCAUAUGUAUGGUUUUGCUGAGCCCUAUCCUGACAACACAGAUGACACAGCCGAUAUUCAGAUGGUGACUGUCCGAGAUGCUGCACUCCAGGGAACAAAGGAUGAAGCUGAAAGGCUGCUCUUGUGUGAACGCUGGGAUUUCCUGUGCAAACUGGAGAUGGUAGGGGAAGAGGGAGCCUUUGUGAUUGGUCGUGAGGAGGUGUUGACUGAAGAGGAGCUAGCCACCACACUUAAGGUACUGUGCAUGCCUGCUGAGGAGUUCAGAGAAUAUAAAAACCAGGCUGGACAGGGAGAAGAAGAAAGGGAAGAGGACAGUCUGACACUCACAAAUAUCCCCAAGCUCCAAGUAUCAUGGAGACGGCUUCUUCGAGACAGUGUUCUGUUGACCCUAGAGACUUAUGCCACAGACUUACAAACCGAGCAAGAUUUACUUAGUAAUAAGGAGGUCUAUGCCAAGCUCAGCUGGCGGGAACAGCAAGCCUUACAAGUCCGCUAUGGCCAGAAGAUGAUCUUACAUCGGUUGUUGGAACUCACAAGUUAGCAGGUGCCCUGAAUGACCAGCAGUGUGAAUCUUUUAAGCUCAUGUUUUGCUUGGAAAGGAGGGAAAUUUGGGACUUUUGCUAUUAGACAGUAUCAAAAGAAAAGUAGCCCAAGGUAAUCCAGGUUUUAAUCUAAGGCAAGAGUUGUUGAAAUGUUAAGAUUGAGAUGAGCAGUUUGGGAAUCUGCCAACUGUUAAGAACAUUCUAUUUUUACUCAUGUCUUCAGGUUUUCAGUAGAAUUUAAUAAAUACGGACCAGAGUCAGAAGUCCGACCUUUUUGAAGUCCA